AUAUUACGCCCGCGGCGCCGCUACCUACCCACCUACCCAUCACUCGCACCGCUCUCGAUCGGGCAAUCGGCCGCAACGACUCAAUGGGCCGAGAAGAGCCUGCCAGACAGACAAACAGACAAACAGACAGACAGACGUUAGAACACCGCGCAAGCAUUAAACAUCGGAGUCAUAGAGCCCUAGAGCAUUGCGAUACCCCUGGACUUUAUUGGCUGUUUAUUUCCUUUUUUCCUUUUUUCUCGGGGGAGUUCGUUGGUGCGUACAUCAUCAUCAUCAUCAUCAUCAUCAUCAUCAAUCAAUCAAGCAAGCAUAUAAUCAUUUCACACUGCAUGCAUUACUGCGUGUUGUGCUUUUGCUCGGUUCUGGGGUGUUUGAGCCGCAUUCUUCUACUGCUGCUGCUGCUGCUCGAUCGCAUUUACAUGCUGCGCGGGGCGGUCGUGUGCGCCUUGCGUUGCACAUGCCCAUGUAAACUUUACGACGAAUGGCACGCGACCUCUGGGCGCGCGUCCAGCUGUUCCACCAGCUUCACUAGAAUCACCACCACAACCUCCGCGGACUCCCGCGACUUGCAGCGCCGGUAUCGGACCUCUGGCUGGUGCGGCCCAGUCCAGCUCACCUCCUAUUGUACCACCAGCGUAGCUAUCGCAUCGAACAGCCCUUUACCGACCCACUCGCGCAAAGCACGUCGCGCGUCCUCGUAAGACGGUAGCGUGGCCUCCAUGCUGUAGGUACCUAGGUAGGCAGACGGGAAGCGGAACAGCGCACGGCCCGGUCGGCGUCCGCGCUGCCAUGCCGUGGACGUACGUACGGAUCCGUACAUGGGUAGUAGAGCAGUUUGCUUGCUUGCUUGCUCGGUCGCGACAGCGUCCGCAUCCGAGCACCCUGAUGUCUCGUCUCCGCCCUUGCUUCCCUACCUACCCAUGUACCUAUAAACAGACACGUCGGUCGCUGGUCGCUGGUUGUUGGUUGCUGGCGCGGCAAUAUAGCGACUGCGCUAGGUGGGUGGUGCG